CUGACAUAAAGCCAGCUACAUAUGUCCUUAAUUGACUGAUACAAUUGUAAUAUUGUCCAUUGGGAAAAACUUGUUGAGUUUUUAGAAUUCCAAUCCUAUAAUAUCGCGGUCAUCAACUAUGAACACAGCGCUACGACAAAAGAUUUAAUUCUAAAAAAUAAUAUUGAUAAUUUCAACUGUACGUUGUCUCCAUAAGGGUAACCCACCUGUUGUGAGAUUUUAAUUGCGUUUUCUGAUGUUAUUGUCUUGAAAUAUUGAUCAAAAGGACAAGAUUGGCGGUGUAGGAGGACAUUUAUACAUCAUUAGGUAAUUGAAGACACUUGUUUUCUAGUAACAACAUUAGACAAACAUUUACAUAUCUUGGAUUUCUUAAAAUAGUGAACAAGCGUGAAAUUUCCUGCUUAUAUCUAUACGAAAUGAUUUAAUGUGAAUUAUGUUAGGAGUCAAUAAGUGGAUCCUGACACUUUGAUGAUGACAAGAAAUUGACGAUAAUGAUAUAACACCACGCUAUACGGGAAGAAAAUUCCAUUAUCGAAUUUUUAUAUACUUAGAAAAUCUUAUACGAUCGACCUUUGUGAUCUCAGUUAGGAACUUACAUUGCGUCAAACUGGGAAAUUAAUUUUCACUAAGCCGCAAUUAUACUCAUGAUACUAGUCAAAACAACCAAUAAAAUCGGUGAAUAAAAUAAUGGAAUAACAUCACCAUUGUAAAGGACCGAUAUUCAGUACAAGACUGUCUGUUACGACAUCUGCCAAAGAUGGUGCCACCGGACGAUUUAUGGCAAUCAGCAUCAACGAAAACAAACAUCAGAGAUAAAUGAAGUGUUUCAAAGUGGCAUGGGAGAAACAAAUAUAAGUUUACCCGAAAUUAAAGGUACUGUACUCAACAUAACUACUGAAAUACAAAAUGUAACGUGCAAAAAUAGCAUGUGUGUUUUUGAGAACCGGAAUUAUUUGUCAAAUGACAUCAGUCAUGGAUUGAAUAUAGGAACAGAGGCCGCCGUUAAAACUGUGAAUCCGUCUGAAAAUAUAGGCACAGGAUGUGUUUUAUUUUUUAUCAUUACCAUGACAAUUGUUGGUAAUGUUGUUGUUUUGGUAGCCGUGACAUCGAACAAAAAACUACGAACUGUCUCUAAUAUGUUUAUACUUUCAUUAAGUUUGGCCGAUUUAUUUGUUGGCACCAUCGUCAUGAUUCCGGCGGCAAUAAACGAAAUAUUUGGUGAAUGGAUUUUACAUCAUUCGUUUUGUUCCAUUUGGGUCUCGUUUGAUGUGAUGUUGACUAGCGCUUCGGUUUUAAAUGUGUGUUUAAUUAGUAUCGACCGAUAUAUUUCCAUUAUGACUCCACUCCGAUAUAAAACUAUUAUUACACAUCGUCGAGCGCUAUACAUGCUUCUAGCUGCUUGGGGAAUUGCAAUUUUCUCUUCAUUUGUUCCAAUAAUAAGUGGACUUCAUAAUCCGUCUUUACCUACACUAAAGAAUUUGACAUUAAUCAGUAAUAAACCACAAUGUCUGUUCAUAGUGAGUGUACCGUAUGCGUUUACUGCAUCAACAGUUACUAUUCUAAUUCCAAUAAUAAUAGCUCUUGUGUUGUAUUACCGAGUGUCAAAAGAAGCUAAAAGACAAGCAUUAUUUGUUGGAACGUUAAUGGUUACAAGCAACGUAUUAUUAGGAAAGAACAUGACUUCCAAACAUGUUAGAGAACCUUUUACUCAUAAGGCAACUGUAACAUUAGGAAUAAUAGUGGUAGCAUACGUUGUUACGUGGGCGCCAUUUUUUAUUACAAACAUUACCGAAUCGGUCUGUGAAUGUGUUCCUGUUAAAGUUUUUGUAGCAUUUGUAUGGUUAGGUUAUUGUAACAGUUUAAUUAAUCCUAUAAUAUACCCUUUAUUCAUGCGAGACUUCAGGAAGGUGUACGUCAAAGCAAUUUACCGGUGUUGUCCAUACUUUAAAACUUUGAAACACUUUCAAGAAAGUCCAAGAAUGUGUAAACAGUUUCCAUUAAGAAAAUAGUUUGCUUAUUUAUUAUAAUUUGUUACGACGUUAAAUAUUUAUUGAAUAUGUUAUUUUUACAUCUGUUUUAUCUGUGAUAGACCAUUAAAAUAUGACAAAAUAUAUUUUGUUGAUGCUGA